UGGUCCAAACCUGCGUUGAUCCGAAUCAUCAACGAAAAUUUUUAAGCCACCAAGAAUGCGUAUGAUUCAAAAAAGAGAAAUUCAAAUUCAAGCCCGGGAAAAAUGUGAUGCUGCGACCUUCCGAUGGUUUCCACAGCGCUUUGAUCGCCAGUUUGGGAGCGUCGCAGUCGUCACGGUCUGUCAUAAGUGAAUGACAUUAACCUUAUAAUAUCUAAAAAUUGUCAUCAGUUUCGUGAAUGACUGAUAGUGACUCGGACUCGGCGAACGAAUAUACAAGCCUGAUGGACGGGCACGUUGCCGAGGUUCGUACAGAUGGGCUGGCAAACGAUCGACGAAAGAAACGUACAAAAAAUAACACAGAACGAUCAGCGGCGAGCGAGACCUCAUCCCAGGUAACUCCACGAGCCCACUUCGUAAAGGGAGAGAAUGGAAUACCAGAUGUUCGCAUCGAGACACCAGGAUCAACAGUUCCCGGGCGCAGGGGACAUGGUUCAAACCCUGCAGGCCAAGCCAAUAACUCAGAUGAAUUCACAGAUGAAGAUGAGGAGGAACUGAAAUAUGGAGCUGCACAUGUUAUAAAACUCUUUGUUCCUGUAUCGCUUUGCAUGCUCGUCGUCGUCGCCACCAUUAGUUCUAUAAACUUCUACACGACAAAGGAUAUUUACUUAGUAUACACACCGUUUCAUGAAGAAAGUUCAGACACAAGUACAAAGGUAUGGCAGGCAGUGGCCAAUUCGCUCAUUCUAAUGUCGGUAAUUGUUGGAAUGACGGUGGUACUAAUCAUGCUGUAUAAGUACAGAUUUUAUAAGACUAUCCACGCUUGGUUGAUUGUGAGCUCGUUGAUGCUGCUCUUUCUCUUCUCGAUAUUAUAUUGCGAAGAACUUCUGAGAGCCUACAAUAUUCCAAUGGACAUGGUAACACUAGCUAUUGGAUUAUGGAACUUUGGUGUCGUUGGCAUGAUUUGCAUUCAUUGGCAAGGGCCACUACGACUGCAACAAGCUUAUCUCAUUUUUAUUGCUGCUCUUAUGGCUUUGGUAUUUAUUAAAUACCUGCCUGAAUGGACGACUUGGGUUGUACUCGCAGUUAUUAGCAUAUGGGAUUUGAUAGCAGUCCUCACUCCUAAGGGCCCUCUGCGGAUAUUGGUAGAAACGGCACAGGCAAGAAAUGAGCCGAUAUUUCCAGCACUGAUCUAUUCCUCCACAAUUCUUUAUGCGUUCACACUGAAUUAUGUUGGAUAUGUAGCAACAUCCACGAUAUCCAUGACCAGUGGAGACGCUGCUGCUGGUGAUACAGUUGGUUCACCAACUCCUAUGCAAACGCAAACUGGCAAUGCUGCCGGUGAUUCGGAGGAAGGAUUCACCAGCGACUGGGUCGCUACUCAUGCUGAUCGUAGUGCCAGAAGAGCAAGGGAGAUUAGAGAAGAUACUUCAGCGUUAACGACACCCUCAAGACUUGCAGAAUCCAGAAACGAAUCGCAGCAGCAGGCUACGAUGGAAGAAGAAAGAGGGAUAAAAUUAGGCCUAGGCGAUUUCAUUUUCUACUGUGUUCUCGUAGGCAAAGCUUCAAGUUACGGAGACUGGAAUACAACGCUAGCUUGUUUCGUAGCUAUAUUAAUUGGCUUGUGCCUCACUCUGCUCCUCCUUGCAAUCUUCAAAAAGGCGCUACCGGCACUACCUGUAUCUAUAACUGUUGGCCUGAUAUUUUAUUUUGCAACUAAAGUGAUCGUCGCGCCUUUUGCCGACAGUUUAGCCAGCGAACAAGCGUUUAUUUAGUCAGUUUUGAAGACUGAAAAUAUUUAAUCAGCCGAGUGUAUAAUCAGUAUAUGCCACGUUAAUGUGAUCUUGUUUAUCAGUUCAUACUUGUUUCUGAUAUCACUAGUGGCAGUGAGCGGUGAGUAAUAAACUAUUUUUGUUAUAAACAUUGGA